GCGCGCUGACGUCACAAGUCGUGCGCCUCCUGCGCCUCUUCGGGCCUGCGCCGCGGGCGGGCGGAAGGUCGUCCCUGUGACCGCCGGUGGUUGGAGCCGCUGUCGCCAUGUUGUCGGUCGCCGCCCGCUCGGGCCCGUUCGCGCCCGUCCUAUCGGCCACGUCCCGCGGGGUGGCGGGCGCGCUGCGGCCCCUGGUGCAGGCUGCGGUGCCCGCCACCCCGGAGCCGCCGGUGCUGGACGCCAAGCGCCCCAUCCUGUGCCGAGAGUCGCUGAGUGGCCAGGCCGCGAGCCGGCCGCAGGUCGCUAGGGUGGGCCUCAAUGUUCCUGCUUCUGUUCGUUAUUCCCACACGGAUGUCAAGGUGCCUGACUUCUCUGACUACCGCCGCUCCGAAGUUUUAGAUAGUACAAAGUCUUCUAAGGAGAGCAGCGAGGCUAGAAAAGGCUUCUCGUAUCUGGUGACUGCAACUACUACCGUGGGCGUCGCAUAUGCUGCCAAGAAUGUGGUCUCCCAGUUUGUGUCCAGCAUGAGCGCUUCUGCUGAUGUACUGGCCAUGUCGAAAAUCGAGAUCAAGUUGUCCGAUAUCCCAGAAGGAAAGAACAUGGCUUUCAAAUGGAGAGGCAAACCUCUAUUUGUGCGCCAUAGAACCAAGAAGGAGAUUGACCAGGAAGCUGCAGUUGAUGUGUCCCAGUUGAGGGACCCACAGCAUGAUUUAGAGCGAGUAAAGAAGCCUGAAUGGGUUAUCCUGAUAGGAGUCUGUACUCAUCUUGGUUGUGUACCCAUUGCAAAUGCAGGAGAUUUUGGUGGCUAUUAUUGCCCUUGCCAUGGGUCGCACUAUGAUGCAUCUGGUAGGAUCAGGAGGGGCCCUGCACCUCUCAACCUGGAAGUGCCCACCUAUGAGUUCACGAGUAAUGAUCUAGUGAUUGUUGGUUAGAGACUUAGACUUGGCCAGGUUUCUUUCAGUUCAUGUUCUUUCAGAAGAGUUGAGAGUAAGCCUUAUGUACUUCCAGCUUGUUGAUUUAAAAUAUUUAAGAUUUGUUAAUAAUGUAUUUGCAGACAUUAAUGUGAAUUAAAUUCAAUUCACUGUUAAAUAUUGUCAGGCAUUCACUUAAUAAAGCCACUGAUAAAUAUCGUUAAGUUCAGGCAUAGAUUUGAAAGGUGCAAUGUCUUUGAUAAUUCUAAUAAAAAAAUUACAGAUUGAUGUGCAAGGUA